CCCAUCAUGUCCCAGUCAACUGUGGUAUAUUCUACAUCGCUUCAUUCACUUGGAGAUACCGUUCUACUAGACAUCUCCCUAUCUGCCACCCCAUGCAGAAUUCGACUUCUCGACUGCGGACAAUUUCUAGAUCAUGACGUCCUCGCAAUUCACGAGUAUCCUGACAUCCCUUCCUUCCCAUACACAGCUAUAUCAUACAUCUGGAAGGGCUUAGGUGUUGGCCCUAGCCACACCGACGACAAGUACGGAACAUUCGCUAUCAAGGGCGCCGAAGAUGGCGACCCGAUCAGUAUUGAUGUCCUUAAGCAUGCGUGCACUGCUGCUAUACAAAAUGGAUCGGGGUACAUCUGGCUUGACAGACUCUGCAUCCUGCAGAACGACAGCGAUGACAAGGCAUGGCAGAUCCGCCAAAUGUACAAGAUCUACAAGUCUUGUGCAAUGUGCAUUGUUCUGCCCGGUGGAGGGCGCAGACUCGCGCGGAUUGAUGAAGAAACGACGUGGAUCCAGCGUUCGUGGACCCUCCCAGAAGUCAUUGCGCAAUCAAAUGUGAUGAUUUUGUAUGCUUGGACAUACGGAAAGGCGCUGUCUAGCUCAAGUGCCAGCGCAGUGUUUACUUAUACCGAAGUCAUCCAAGGCCAGUCGGCCAUAUGUUCCCUUGAUCACGCCCUCCAAGUCAGUGUCGGGAACCUCUAUGAACUCACGACAGAGCGCAAAAACUUUAACUCUUUCUCGAUCAAGCUCGUUGGUUGUGCGGGAGAUCCUAAUACCGGCGCACUCCUGGCUGCUCUGAAUGGUGGGGGUAUACAGUCAGAAGCUGGUGUGCAAGCGGUAUGGCGAUGCUCGCUCAUGCGCACUUCCUCAUUUCCUGUGGAUGCCGUGCUCAGUAUCAUGGGCUUGUUUGGAGUCACGCUCGAUCCCCGUGCCUUCCAGAAAGGAGACAGGCGAGGUGCAACUAUUGCCCUUGCUAAAGAGAUACUACAGAAAGGAGGAAGGGCAAGUUGGCUUGCUCCUUCCCUCAGUCUUCCCCCCGCAAAAGGGCUCUCUGCAUUCCCAGAGUUCCCGCAUGUGUCUGUGGCAGGGCAAGCGACCCUGACGACCGAGGAGGGGGACCGACCAGUUGCAGAGUUGCUACCAUGGGUUGGAGAGGGAUGGCUGGAUGGCAUUCCGACUGGGAUGAUGGAUGAUGCCGGAUACUUCACUUUCUCCAGCUCUGCUGCACUUUUGAUUCCAACAGGUCUCCAAAAGGACGAUCCUACCUUGUACGAUAACGAGUCUCCAUUAGAUGCUACUGGACAGCUGCAGAUUAUCGCAAUGGACGGCGCCAUCUGGAGGUUACACCUUGACGGUGAAGAAACCUAUCAGCCGGAACGCCGUGCUUUCAUGGUCUUCGUAGGCGCUCUGGUGCACUAUACUUCUGCUGCCUUUGGAUGCUACGUGGAUACAUAUCGUUAUAGGGCAAUGCUUGUGGAGGAGCACGAAGCUGGAAAGUUUCAUCGGACGUCCUAUUUCGCUUUGGGCGAAGCAUACAUGUCCUACAUUGAACGCUGCAAAUCGUAUACAUUCUGCCUUGGAGGUCCCUUUGACGAAUAGUACCAUUCUCCUCGAAACCCUCUGUUAUUGGGCAAGGCAACUUAAGUCAACUCGUACGCGUGC